UAAAGAUAUGGCCGCCAAAAAUAUUUGAGAGAGUCUCGGAAAUAUGGAAGGAAAACGAAACGCUAAUCCACAGAAAGGAAAAUGUUAGGACUCAGAUGUUUCCCGCAAUCAAAUUACUUGAAAAGAAUCUGCAAAAACGUCACUAACUGUCUGAGCAACAGCACUAUACCUCUCCCAACCCCAAAUCCUACCCGUUGCUUCUCAUCUAAUCUCUCCUUUCUCUCCCAGCCUAUUUCUAAUAUUCACCAAAAUCGAAAAUUCUAUGCUACUCCUACACCUACUUCCAAUAUUACAACAUCCUCAAUUGAAUUUCCCCUUUCAGGUUUAGAGGAUAAUUUGGUGGGUUAUGUUUUGGGCAAGAAGAAGGCAACGGAAGUAGCCCAUUCGGUAUGGAAGCAUGUGGUGGAGAAAGGGGACACGGUAAUAGAUGCCACUUGUGGCAAUGGCUAUGACACAUUAGCCCUGCUUAAAAUGGUGGCUGAUGAAUCAGGCACUGCUCGUGUUUAUGGAGUGGACAUCCAGAGAGAUGCUUUAGAGAAUACUUCUUCUUUGUUAGAUGAAAAUGUCACUCCAAAGGAGAAAGAACUUGUCAAGCUCUUUUCCAUCUGUCACGGUAGAAUGGAAGAAAUUGUUCCUGAAAAUAGUCCUGUAAGGCUUGUUGCAUUUAACCUGGGCUACCUUCCAGGAGGUGACAAAGCUCUAACUACAGUUCCAGAAACAACCAUGUUGGCAUUAGAGGCUGCAAAGAGGAUCUUGGUACCUGGAGGGCUCAUCAGUGUGGUUGUAUAUGUGGGACAUCCUGGUGGAAGGGAAGAAUUGGAGACAGUUGAAAGUUUUGCAUCUGGAUUGUCAGUUGACGACUGGAUUUGUUGCAAGCUCCAGAUGUUAAACCGACCUUUAGCACCAGUAUUAGUAUUCUUAUUCAAGAGGUAAAGCAACACUCACCGUGAUAGUGAUGUUACUGGUAGUAAAAAUUUUUUGUAACUUAGGACCUUUGUGACACUGAGCAAUCGUUUUUCUCCUUUGCUUUGUAUUUUCUCUUCUGCCCCUUAUUCUUGACAAGUGUUCCAACAAGAAAUAUACUUGGUACACAGAUUUUAAGGUUUA